AGUUUCGAAACAUAAGCCGUUAUUGAUAUCACAGGAAACCACAGAUAAAUAUAUUUAUAGCAAUGAUUAAUUGUUAUUGUGGAACACCAUUAUAUUUUACGAAAUGUGAGGAUUAGCACGUCAUUACCAAUAUGUUGUUGCUAAUAUUAUUAUACUUAUCUACUGUGCGGAUUUAUUGUUUUGCGUCCGAAAAAGAUAUAGUGGUUAAUGACCAUGAUAACACGACAUGUUCUUACAAAAAAUGUAUAAAUAAGUGCUGCCCUAAGAACCAAUAUGCGAUUGUUGGUGAGAACAACUUUAUCUGCACCGAUAUAGAUUUCAAGACGAACUACUCAACUGUCUAUCUCUACGACAGGCACGAACAUGAUCAGCUAACGAAUAAAACCUUGGGCGAUCUGUUCAUGUUACUACCAGGAAAAUUUUUGAAUGAUACAUUUUACGAAUCACAAACUUUUUAUGACAGUUUUGGAUUACCUACUUAUUUAAACGAGGAAGGAUUGGUAUACACAGAAGUACCUAAUACGUACAACCGAUGGCAAAUAAUACCAAACACAGAUUUCUGCAUAGACUAUUUUGAUGAUCGUGAAUUUGCCCAAUCAGUUAAACUACGACUGAGCAUUGUAGAGCUGACUGAUGAUGAUGAGGAUACAGAGGGAGACUAUUUAACAUAUGCUCUCAUCGUGUCUGCAGUAUUCCUCGGAUUGAUUCUGCUCGUGUACUUCUUAUUACCAGAAUUGCAGAGUCUUGGUGGUAAAAUAUUGAUGUCAUGCGUGUGCAGCAUGAUGGUCGCGUUUGUUCUGCUGGCGAUAGUAAAAAGUGGACCAUACUCGGCAGAGAUAUGUAUAAAUCUCACAUGUGCUACAUAUUAUUUUUUCAUGGCUGCGUUUUGUUGGAUGAAUGUCAUGUCCUACGACAUAUGGUGGACGUUUCGAGGUUACGCCAAAGCAAGGCAAAUUCACCGUCGUGGUGAAAUGUUUAAAUUUCUAAUGUAUAGUCUAUACGCUUGGGGAGUGCCGUUACUUAUGACGCUAAUACUUUAUUUUAUGAAUGCUGCGGAUCUUAGCCACGUUCCGUGGAUUAUUCAGCCAUCGGUCCCACUUUUGGGUUGCUUUUUGACAGGUGGGCAGCAGCUAGUGUAUAUGUACGACCCUAUGUUGACAAUGCUCUGCGGCAAUUACCUGUUCUACUUUCUUACGGCAUUCAAUAUUUAUCGACUGAGUCGGUCUAAUAAUUUAGUUUUCAAGUCUGCUGCCGCCGGCUCACCGGCUGCUCAUCGAGCUCAAAAGCAAAGGUUAAUGCUGUACUUGAAAUUGUCUACCAUAAUGGGCCUAAACUGGGUUCUUGAAUACAUAAGCGCCAGAUAUCCAAAAAUACAAAAUAUCUGGUACGUGACGGACACGUACAACAUGCUUAUAGGAAUAUCCCUAUUCCUUAUUUUCAUAUGUAAGAAGAAAAUUUAUGUGAAACUUUUACGAAGAUUCCAGGGUAUGAUGAGGAAAAACUAUGCAUUACCGAGGCAAAUACCAAAAAGAAGUCACACGAGUUCUACAUUAGAAUCAGAUAUAAGUCAAGAAAUACCUCUCAACGGAAUAAGCUCUCAUCCUAAUGGAAGUAACUUCAACUCAACGAAGACUUUCAAAAUAUAAUCGUAGAAUGAAGUUGAAUAGUAUGGAUAUGCCGUACAUUAAAUAUAUUUUUGUGAUAAUAUAAUACAGUUUUUUAAGUUAAAGGCA